AGUUCACAGAGGAACAUGGCUUCAACUUUUCUCACCGUCUCACUGCUCUACAUCAGCCUCAGCACUGCAGGUGCUUACAUGAGUUUUUAUGAGUAUCGUUGUAUUUUUAACUCGACUCAGCCAGACAACAUUGAGUAUGUUGUCUCUUAUUACUACAACGGACUGGAGCUGAUCAGGUACAGCAGCAGUGCGGGUCAUUUUGUUGGAUACACUGAUUAUGGAGUGCAAAAUGCAGCACGUUUAAACAACGACCCUUCAGAGCUGAGCAGGAGGAGAGCUUCAAAGGACAGAUACUGUCAACACAACAUUGGAAUCUACUACAAUAAUUUCCUCUCUAAAUCAGUGAAGCCCCAGGCCAGGCUGCACUCUGAGGAGCCCCCUGCUGGAGGACACCCCGCCAUGUUGGUGUGCAGCGUCUACGACUUCUACCCCAAACAGAUCAGAGUGACCUGGCUCAGAGACCAACAGGAAGUCACCUCUGAUGUCACUUCCACUGAGGAGCUCGCCGACGGAGACUGGUACUACCAGAUCCAGACACACCUGGAGUACACGCCCAGGUCUGGAGAGAAGAUCCAAUGUAAGGUGGAACACAAGAGCCUCGACGCACCUCUGAUCAUUGACUGGGACCCGUCCAUGCCAGAGUCAGAGAGGAACAAGAUCGCCAUCGGAGCGUCUGGUCUGAUCCUGGGUCUGAUCUUAUCUCUGGCUGGAUUCAUCUACUACAAGAGCAAGACCAGAGGGAGGAUCCUGGUUCCCACUAACUGAUCCUGGUCCUGGUCCUGGUCCUGUGUCCAGAGGAGAAUAAACUGCGCCUACUGCUUGGCUGGUGUAAACCCUGAUCCUGGUCUGUUCCUGGUUCUAGUCCUGGUCCUGAUCCUGGUCCUGGUCCUGUGUCUACAGCAGAAUAAUCUGGACCUUCUGCUUUGCUGGUGUAACCCCAGACCCUGGUCUGUCCUGGGUCUGGACUCUGGACUGUGCUUCCUCUCAGUGCUUCCUCUUUUCUCUUUGAAUCAGUCUGAUAAAGGAUCAAUAACUGCUGAUUGAUCAGGUAUAAUCAGGAGACUGGAGGCUGUAUCCAUGUGAUUAUUAGAUUUUUCUCUGUUCUGGACUGAAUCCUGAAUAAACCUUCAGAAAACC